CUUCUCUUUCACCUACCAUGUCCACCAAUACUGACAUUUCUCCUCGCGUCAACUCUGCGCAUAUGCAGCGCUUCAUUGGCAAGACCGUCAGGCUGCCAUGCAAAAUAAAAACUUAUUCGUCCGAUGGAGGGAGCGCGACGGUGACGACGAGUGAUGACGGAGAGGUUGUUGUUCAACUGAUACGGGACACGAAGUUUACCUCUACAUACGCCGAGUUCAUUGGUACGGUGGUGGACGCUGGUACGCUUAAGAUGAUGGCUGUAGUGGGUAUGGGCGAGGAUCUUGAUCUGUCCCUUGUCAACAAGGUCGUUGAAGUCAUCCACGACAAAAGGUUUUUCGAAAGGAUCUUUUCAUAGUCUUCAGCACCUCGAUCGACCCUUACUAUCUUGUAUCAAUAUGGCUUCAUCUGUAAUGUUUAUAAUUUAUUAUCCAGCUACAACGAAGGUCCGCUGGUGCUCCCAUUCUCUAGUGAAAAAGACGACGUCGUAGGAUACCGAAUACAUUCAAUAUCCACUUGACAAGAUCGACCCAGGGUUUUAUCUAUAGGGUGAGAGGUCUAAGGUAUCCUUGCACCCUCCCCACUUUCGAUACCAGCGGCGCAUAUCCUUUGACAAGGCGGACGGCCACCACUGUUAGUUCACAUUGAUGUCGGUCCUGGACUUUUGCGGCUGACCCCAACAAAUCUAAUUACCUUCUGUUAACUCUUGAGCUUAGG